CACAGCGCCUUCCCCCGUAGCUCUCUCAUCCUCUGACCCUGUCUGCCUCCCCACUUCUCUUGCUCUGUUUGUUGCCUCACUCCCACUUCUUCUCUGUGCCUCUUCCUGUUCUCAACACUACUCAAAUCUGCCCCUGAUUACCGCGUGGCAGUGCUUAGAGGAGGUCACUUACCGAUCUGUUUUUACUUGAGUUGAUUAGCUUUGGUUAUUUGUUAUUUCUUUGAUUGUUACCAUUCACACAGCUUUUAUAUGCAUUGAACCAUCCUGCCGGCCCACGAUGGAUGCAGAUUCUCUUUCUUGCACAAUAUGCAGCAAGAAACCUCACUUUAGUGAUUUAUCCCAUCUUCUGACCCACAUUGCCUCAAAGGCCCAUUUGGCCACCUACUUCAAGCUUCAGGUCAAGAGUCGCCACGACUCGGAUGCACGACAGACUCUAGCGUUAUACGACCGCUGGUACCAACAGAAUGGCCUUGCGAAAUCGCUUUCCGACCGCAUGGCAACGUCCUCCAAAGCAAAGGGGAGGCGACGGAGCUCCAGGCAGACUGAGCCGACCGAGGAUGCUGGAAAUAUAAAGAACGAGCCGGUUGGUUCAAAAUUUCCAGCACUGUCAGACUGCAAUGAUCAUACAGAGCACCGAUCAGCACAAUGGCCUUUCUUUGAGGAUAAUAUCGAUCCUCGUCUAUCCAACAUGCAGCAUCCGAUUCAUCAACCCAGUGUCGAUGAGAUGUCCUACGCGGCAGCGUCCUCAUUUUCCGAUCCAUACGAGCACACCUUUAUUAAGGUCGAAUCAGACUCUUUAUAUGAAUGGAAGGAAUAUCAGCCAGGGAACCUUCUUCAGAGAAACGCUGUCGAUCAUCCUGAACUGGAAGAAAGCCAUCCUUUUGGUUUUCGUCCUAGGAUUCAUCGGACACCGCCUCCAAUGUUUUCUCAUUCACCUAUGGAUUCGAAGCCACAUAUUAUUGGAGAAUCAAAAUCAGAUGAAAUGAUGAGGCUGAAAGGUAUUCAGUGGCCAGGCAUGGACAUCUUUGAUGCCGCUACAGAAUCGAUGAAGCGCCAGAGAAACCAGAAAAAAGAUGCAACUACCUUUAAGGCAAUGGAAAAGUCAUCAGAUGCUACCGAGCCGAAUGAGAUGGUAUUCUCGCCUUCUGGAACUCUUCGAAAGGAACGUGAGAUCACAGGGUAUGUAGAAGACGAAGACGACUUGCUACCUGGAGAGUGGUCUAUCCCAAAGCCACGCCGAGACCGUCGCGACCGCCGUGACCGCAAUGGUCUCGACAUUUACUCAAAUGCCACUAGGUAUGGUAGUAGACUAACCGCACGCGUUGCGUUACUUGAUUCGGAUCCUAAUCGAAAUGUCCUGAGUGGUCGAAUCACCAAGAAAGGACAUCAACCUAAGCAUCAAAUCAGCCGAGAACUUGCAGGUCAAGAUUUAGUAAUCGCCGGCAGAUCUUUGAAUAAAAACAGUCGAAAUACUGUCAACGGCUUUGGUGGUCUCAAAAAGGAUGAAAAUGUCGAUCUACAGCUUUCAAUUGAAGCGACUAGUCAAAGGCGUGGAUCUCGCCUACAGGUAUUCAAAGACAUGGACCAGCCUGUGAGAGAGCCAAAGGAUAACACGAUUGCCCCUAAUCUUAUUGAUGCUACGACUUCCCGUGGUGAACCCUUUAGGAUGGCAUACUACCAGAGCACACCAAACGCGAUCAAUACUCUGUCAGCAGCAAAUGAUUACGAACAGUUUCCAUCCUCCCUUAGUCAGUCAGGCUUGCCAACCGUUCACGACUACUCUCAAGAUCAUCCUAGUCUCUCUAGAACUCAGAUGAGAAACAUCGACAGUAUGUAUUUGAUAGAUUCCUCUUCGGGAUUGAACAGGCGGGGGCUGCAUGAUCCACUCAUUAGUGGAGAUGUGCUUCAUUACCGAUGGGACUGGCAUGAAUCGGAUGCAGGUCGUGAGGAUUACAAUUCGAAUGAGUCACUGCUGAGUAGUGGCCUUCUUUACAACCGCGCAGCAUCAUCAGGUAGUACUAUUUACGACGACGAAGCCGAGAGUAAAAACCGCCUUUGGGUGGAUGGGACUUGCGCUUAAAGACAAACGUACGAGGUUCCGAGAAUGUAGGUUAGCGCAACUGGAGGAGCAAUUAGUGAUGCAUCGUUGACCGACUGAGUCCAAUAUACAUGUGCUUAUGCUUGGCUUCAAUCCUCUUCCUCUGAUAUGCGCGGUUCUCGCGGAAGGAUUCAUCAAUGGGCAGCUUUGAGUCUCAUAAAUAGGCUUCUGUGAUGAACACUUUUGACACAAAGUUUGAUAAAGAUGAUUAUGCAGUAUAUCUACUAUAAUAUUUUCUUAUGUAGCGGAAUACAAAAUCAAGCCAUGUUUCA